AUGGAUAACGAAUGUCUUUGUUCAGCCAGCAGUGACAGGCUUUCCAACCCUAUCCUCUACAACAUCCUGAGCCAAAUGGAUAACAGCAAACCAAUCCAAAACAGCUUCAGCUACACUUCAAUACCUCAUAGAUGCAACUGUGAGCAGCGGCGGACUGUGUGCUUAAAAAGUUCAUCAGACAUCUGCAAAGAAGCCUCAGCAGUUCUGGUUAAAACCAUCCAGUUCAUGAAGAACUUACCUGCCUUUAACCAGAUGCCUCCAAAUGACCAAUUUGCACUUCUCAAAAGCUGCUGGGCGCCGCUCUUCAUCAUGGGUCUGGCCCAGGAGCAUGUGGACUUUGAGGUGAUGGACACUCCUGCAGACAGCAUGCUGAAAAAGAUUCUCCUCAACAGGCAGGAGAGCCUUGAAAUGGAGAGAGAGCAGCCUACCAUGGCCGGUGUUAGUAAACUCAAAUCCUGCCUCAAAAAGUUCUGGAGUUUGGAUUUGAGUCCAAAGGAGUAUGCAUACCUCAAAGGGACCACAAUAUUCAACCCAGAUGUCCCAGAUUUAAAGGCAGCUCUGUUUGUUGAAGGCUUGCAGCAUGAGGCUCAACACGCCCUAAGUGAGGUGGUCCAGCUCCUUCACCCAGGGGACACGGAGCGUUUUGCUCGGAUCCUCCUCACAGCCUCCAUGCUACAGAGCAUAACACCCAGCCUCAUCUCUGAACUCUUCUUCAGGCCUGUGAUCGGCCAGGCUGACCUGCUGGAGCUGCUGGUCGACAUGCUCUUCUGCAGGUAGAAGAGGACUACAUGUGACUGUGCUGAACGUUGAAACUUAUUUUUAAGUGAACAGGACACUAUGAAGUACCUAGAAUGACAUUAAAGUUGAGGUCACUUUAGCCCAGACUGAAAAGAUUGUAUCCCCUUUAGGGGAAAUUGGGACUUUCCACUUACAGAAGCCUACCCUCUGUUAAUGUAUUGUUUUUUUUAUUGUUGGAGAUCUUUUUCUGUUUGCACCAAUGUUGUAAAUAUGUUUCUGCAUGUCUGCAUUUUCAGAGCAUUUCACAUAAAUAUAUUUUUGUACAUCA